AUGCCUAAGGCUAAGCCCGGCAAAAAGUUAAGUCAGAGGAAGUCUACUCGUCGUUCGGUCCGAGAUGCCGGCAGCCAGCCUUCUCCUGUCGACCUCGCGACAGACGUCGACCAAGUUUUUAGUUCGACGCAGAGCCCAGCUGCUGGAAGUUCGGCGUCGACAAGCAACGGUGUGAUUAUAAUCGGCUGUCGACUGCGACGGAAAAAACGCUCGCCGCGAUACCCGGUGUCCCAUUACUAUACUAUUCUCAAAUCCAUCCUAAAUUCAUUGACUCACGUAUGUGUCAAUACGUAUGAUUUGGCAUUGUUUCGGGCUGCCUUUUUAAUCGCUUUCUUUGGUUUUCUUCGAGUAGGGGAGUUCACGUCUCGAUCUAGACAUGAACCCGUUCCUUUAUCAGAAAAAGAUGUUAUUAUUCAAGGAAUGGGUAAUCAAGCAAAAUUGCGCAUUAUGAUUGCGAAGUCUAAAACAGAUCAAACUAGACGUGGAUGCUCGAUUUUACUUCCACAGAAUGUUUUUUCGUAUUUAUGCCCACUUCGCGCUGUAAAUGAUUACCUCGCUCUGCGGACUCUUUUAAGACGUGCCAUUACUUUUUGCGGUUUACCGUUGCUCACUUCUUUCCAUUCUUUCCGUAUUGGGGCUGCAACUUCUGCAGCCAUGGCGGGUGUUUCCGAUGUUUGCAUUCAAAAUAUGGGGCGCUGGGCUUCCAACACACACAGAUUGUAUAUUCGACAACCUGUCCCCCCUUAAUUUAAGCAAUUUUUGCCAGUAUGUUUAUCGCCUUUCUGUUUUAAAUACCAGUUCGCGCAAAAUUUAAUAUCGACCUAAUGUUUUAUAAAUUUGUUUUGACACCCUCUAACAAGCAGUAUAUAUUAUCUUUACUCUCUCUCUCUCUCUCUCUCUCGCUGGUUGCCAUGGUGACGGCGAUGGUUACUUUACCCAAUAAUAGCUCCAUGGGCGCAGACAGACUUGCUCGCCCUCUCUUAUU